GCAGGGGCGGACUGACCAUUUGGAAACUCGGGCACUGCCCGAGGGCCCGGGGUCAGUAGGGGGCCCCAUGAGAUGCCCAUGGUACCUUUUUCAUAGGCUUUUUUGAGUUCGGGCAAGGAAACAGGGACCCUAUGAUCCCCUAUUGCCCGGGGGCCCCAUGAGUUGUCAGUCCACCCCUGGUGUGUGGCCAGCUUUACAUGCUGGGGAAUUUACUGGCUUUAGGAAAAACGCUAAAAGCCAAAAACAGCAGCUGGGAAGGAGUAGUAUGGCAAAGUCACUGUGC